AUGGCAGCUGUGAGCUUUCUGAGUCGCGAUGUGUCCGAGCUGUGCCUUGGAAAGCCGGCGCUGAGGUCGCUACCGAUCUCGGCCACCGUCGCCGAAGCUUUAUCGGCCCUAAAGAGGUCAGGCGAGAGAUGUAUUAGCAUAUGGAGCUCUGAACGCUUGCCGAGGACCAGGAGUAGUGCUGAUUUCGAUGGCGAGUAUCGAUGUGUUGGCAAGGUAUGCAUGGUGGAUGUCAUUUGCUUUCUUUGCAGAUCAGAGAAUCUCUUGCAUCCUUCCAUUGCGCUUCAAUCGCCAGUCUCUGUUCUUCUGCCUAAAGUCCAUGGACUGGUUAGGCAUUUAGAGCCACAAUCUAGCUUGUUGGAGGCAAUAGAUCACAUCAUUGAAGGUGCCCAGAACCUUGUUGUCCCAGCACAAAACCAUACAAGCAUCAUUUCAGGAGGAAAAAAGCUCCUUGACAAACCACCCUCAUUUGGCUACACACUCCACCAAGGGCGCGAAUUCUGCUGGCUAACACAAGAAGAUGUCAUCCGCUUCUUCGUCAACUCCAUCACCACCUUCUCUCCCAUCCCCACCUUCGCCAUCGGAUCACUCAACAUGAUUGACACCAACAUCAUGACCGUCCAUUACCACGACCCGGCCUCCUCUGCAUUGCCCUUCAUUUCUCACGCCCUCACUCAACAAACAUCCAUUGCGGUCAUUGACGACGAUAGCAAAUUGAUAGGCGAGAUUUCGCCUCUCACACUUUCAUGCUGUGAUGAGACUGCAUCUGCCGCAAUUGCAACUCUGUCAGCUGGUGAAUUGAUGGCGUACAUUGACUGCGGUGAUCCGCCGGAGGACUUGGUUCAGUUGGUGAAGGCGAGGUUGGGACACAAAAACCUGAGGAGGAUGCUGGAAUUUAUGGAAGAAAUUUCUCUGGCUGCUUCAUCAUCAUCUCCUGUUUGUUCUUCGGAUGAUGAAUUCGGGCCUGGGAGUAAUAGGUAUAAUUCAAUGAGGGGGUCGGGGGCUAUCGUGUGCCAUUCAUGGAGUUCUUUAAUGGCUGUGAUGAUUCAGGCAAUCACACAUCGUGUCAACUACGUUUGGGUUGUCGAAGAGGACCAUACUUUGGUCGGAACUGUGACAUUUGCUGGAAUAUUGAAAGUUUUUCGACGCAUAGCUGGUGUUUGGGCAACACAUGAACUUAUAAGUGACAGCGAAACAGGUUAG